CAGCUUAGACUGUGAUUCUUUCCAAUCUCUCUCUCUCUCUCUCUCACUACAUACUAUUAUACUAUUAGGCAAUUGUUUGGCUCUUCCUCGAUUUGAUCGAUCGUCUCUCUCUCUCUCUCAAUUCUUUGCCAGUAAUGGCAGUGCAAGUAAAGAGGGUGAGGGUGUUUUCAUCGGGAAGGUAAAGCUUUGCUUCUUCACACGUCCCAGUUCUCUCUUUCUGCUUUCACACAUAUUCAUUCACAUGAUCAACCCAACUCCAACCAACCAGUGAACUCAGAUUUACUGUGCUUGUUACUCAAUCUGAACCACCACCGCGUGCGGACUCUGAUCACUGAAUUUCCUACUAGGAUUAUCACAGAGGGAAAAUACUGUUCAUUACUGCUAUCUAGCUUGUUUAUAUAAAAACAAGCACUCUUCAAGUGAAAACCAGCUGAAGCAGGCUUUGGCAGACCCAACAAAUUGAGAAAAGCUACCCCCACUACUACUACCACUAUCACUAACUUAGGAUUUUCCUGCAUAAAGCCUGAAACUCGUGUAGCUUAAAACCCGGGAGAGCCUUUGCAGAUAUAUACAAACUUUGUGUGUUGUCUUCGUCAAUAUUCUUAUUAUUAUUAUUACCAUUAUUGUAGCUAGCAAAACCUAGAAUUGCGAAAAUUGUCAAGAAAGAGAUCCAGAGAUAAUGCAGGGUGGCGCUAAUGGCACUAAUUCGAUGGCGUUUGGAGAUAACAGUACUAACACUAACGGCGGAGGGCUGUUUCCGAUGACGAUGAUGAUGCCUCUGAUGACUACUAACUCCCAGCACCAUCAUGGUCAUCACUCGCUUCACUCGAAUAACAGUCCGUUUCUUCUGCUACCUCCAAACCAAAACAAUCAUCAGCAAGACCAAACCCGCAAUAGCAGCGGCGGCAGCUCAUCUUUUGCUCUUGAUAACCAUAGCAAUAACCCUGCAGCGGCGGUAGGCUGUUAUUUCAUGGAUCACAACAACAACAGUGGUCAUGGAAGCUCUUCUUCCUCUUCGUCUUCUUAUAUCAAGUCAAAGAUCAUGGCUCAUCCUCACUAUCACCGUCUACUGGCCGCCUACAUCAACUGUCAAAAGGUUGGGGCGCCACCGGAGGUGGUGGGGAGGCUGGAAGAAGCAUGCGAGUCGGCGACGACGAUAGGUCAGAUGGUAAGUAGUAGUAGUGGAAGUACACAUGGACAUGGUUCCCUUGGUGAAGAUCCAGCUCUGGAUCAGUUCAUGGAGGCCUACUGUGAGAUGCUGAUCAAGUAUGAGCAAGAGGUCUCCAAACCCUUCAAGGAAGCGAUGCUUUUUUUAAAGAAGAUCGAGUCCCAAUUCAAAACCCUCACCGUUUCUUCUGCUUCCGAUUCUGGUUGUGGAGAGGGAGGUAUGGAUAGGAACAAUAAUGGAUCAUCUGAAGAAGAGGUUGAUGUGAAUAACAGCUUGAUAGAUCCGCAAGCAGAAGAUAGGGAGCUCAAAGGUCAGCUUCUGCGCAAGUACAGUGGAUACUUGGGUAGCUUGAAGCAGGAGUUCAUGAAGAAGAGGAAGAAAGGCAAGCUGCCUAAAGAGGCCAGGCAGCAGUUGCUCGAUUGGUGGAGCCGACAUUACAAAUGGCCUUAUCCAUCAGAGUCCCAGAAGUUGGCUCUUGCAGAAUCAACAGGUCUGGACCAGAAGCAAAUAAACAACUGGUUUAUCAACCAAAGGAAACGGCAUUGGAAGCCUUCGGAGGAUAUGCAGUUUGUGGUGAUGGAUGCUUCUCAUCCCACCCACUAUUACAUGGACAAUGUCUUGGGAAAUCCUUUUCCUAUGGACAUUUCUCCCUCAUUGCUCUGAGUCUCUAAGCCUCUGAGCAUCCAUAAUCUCAUAGAGUACUUGACUACUUGUUAUAUAUAACUAUAUAGCCAUGUAUGCUAAUUAAGAUUCGAAUUUUUAGUUAAUUGUAGAAUGCGAAUUCAUUUGGAUCUGAACAAUAUAUGAUAUAUGUUGGAUUAUUUCUCAUGCAA